AUCAGUUUUUCUGUUUUUGGCGUCUUGACCUGCUUCUUGUCGUCUGUUCGCCUUGUGUCUGUCUUCCUCCUCCACUGCUGUUCAUUGUUAAUGUGAUGGAUCUCAUGACUGUUACGACCAUCUCAUCUCUUUUACUCAUGAUUGCGGGAUCAGAACAAAUAAUACCUGGGCCAGACGUCAGAGGGACCUCCUUCCCCACUCAGACCUACAGCACCAGCAGAAACUGUUCAUGCCCCAGUGCUGCACCAGCAGCAACUGUCGUCCCCACCUCCAGUCCCAGCAGCUCUGCACCUGCCAUGGGCCUCCUCACAAUCAGAUGGACAAGUCAAUGUGAAGGAGACGUUAACCUGACCUUCUUCUCUUCCUCCAGCCCCUCUCUGCCUGUCUGUCACAGCAGUGAGAGAACUGUCCAGACUCUUUUAAGUAGUGUGUGUCAGAACAAGAAAGGCUGUAAAGGCACAUCACGGUGGAACAAACGCAAACACAUGCUCAAUGGUUAUGAUAUCAAAGAGAAUGGAACAGAGGAGAGGACAAGUUGUGAUAUACUGCAGAUCCAAUGCACAGUUGAGGCUCUUCCAGAUGUUCAGGGGCAGCUGAAGGCCCACAAAGUGGUGACAGCAUUGCUUUGCUGCUUGCUGUUUGUCCUCUUACUGAGCUGCUUCAUCAAACCCACCAUCAAAGCCCUGAGGAAGAAACUAUCAGCCAGGAGGCAGAAUCGCUGGAUUGGACCUACACAGAGUCACAGUGUGUCUUACCAUCGAGGGAAAACUGCAGUUAAAGACAAUGACAGAGAGAAGAGACUGUCCUACCCUGGUAACACACACAGAUACACAUCUCUGGAGCGACUGGCAGUCAGUGACAGCAGAGAGCCUUCAUCCAACAGGAACAGUGACUUCAACUUCUAACACACCUCUUCAUCCUCCAUCCUCCAUCAUCAUCAUUGUCAUCAUCAUCAUCAUCAUCAUCAUCAUCAAUAUGUUGGCUGAACAUACAUUUUCAUAUGUGACUAUGUCUGGAUCUGCAUUCUAUCUAUCUGCAUUUGCUGCAUAAUAUACUUAAAACUAUGUUAUAGCCAAUAGUCAGUAUUUACUUUAUAAAUGAAAGUUAUGUCAAGAUAUAAUAUUUUAAUGAAACCUUACAAUAUUUUGGGAAACACACUUUGUAGCCAUCAUUGUAUAUUGUGCCUUUCAUUCCGGUGUUAUCAGUUAGCACUAGAGUUACUAGUCGUACUUCCAUUAUUAUUAGAUUCAUAGUGUUGUUAUUAUGUAUAUAUACUCUAUUACUAAUAUGUACAGGUAUUACAGUAUAUACCUAUAUAUAUACAUAUAUAUGUAUAUAUAUGUAUAGCAUAUAUAUAGCAUAUAUAUAGCAUAUAUAUAGCAUAUAUAUAUAUAUACACACACACGUAUAUAUUGUUUACUACUUUAUUAUUAGCUAAAUGUCUAUUACUAGAGCUGUCAUUAUUACUGUCACUGUAUAUCUGUCAUCAUCUAUCACCCUCUCUCGCUCUGUCUCUCCUUCUCUCUCUCUCACCCAACCAGUCGAGGCAGAUGGCUGCUCACACAAAGCCUGGUUCUGCCUGUUACAAGGAAGUUUUUCCUCGCACUGUUGCCAAGUGCUUGUUUGGUCUCUGUAGAUAAAGAAUAGUGUCCUGAGACAACUUCUGUUGUGACUUUGGGCUACAAAUAAAACUGAAAUGAAUUGAACUUCUUAAAAAACAACAGCUGGAUGAAGUGACUGCACACAGCAUCUCAGAAAGACCUGAAUGGUGUUGCCAGUUCUGAGUUCAGUCCAGGUGGCUCUUGGAGGGAUGACCAGCUUGUUUGUUAACAGGCACCAAUAUGUGAAUCAGACGGCUUCGGCAUUGUUAGAAAGUGUAUUUUUCACUUCUACCUAGGCUCAGUUUCUCACUUGAUUUGGUUUUUGUGCAUAGUGAGGCACAUUCAGGACCCGGCUCUGUACUGAACAAAUAACAAGUGGCAACAGUGUGAGUAGUUUCCAAAAUGUUGUAAUGUUCCCUUAAUUAAACAGUCAUAAAAAACAUACAUGGAAUAUUGAUUGAAAAACGUCUGAUUCACUGCCAUUUCUUUUGCUGACAGUUUGUGAUUUUAGAUAAAUAUUGUGAACUUUUUUUUUAUUAAAAAUGAUCAAAGUUG